AUGCAACGCCGAAGUGUUCAACGUGCAGAUCCACGUUAUAAACAAUUGCGCACACGAAAUAAUAAUAGCGUUAAAAAAUCGCGUGCAAAAUCGCGUCGUGAACACGAAGAAACUAUGGAAUCGAUUGAUCAAUUAGAACAAGAUAAUACAAAAUUACACAAGAACUUAGAAACAUUAAAACAAGAAUAUGAUCAAUUACGAGAUUUAUUUAAACAACAUACUGGAAUCGACAUCGAUCAAAUGCAAUCAAAUGAAACAAGAACAACAUCGGAAUCAACAAUAUCAUCAACUCAAUCAAGAGAAGAACCGAAAGAAAUUGCAGCAAAACCAAUAUUAACAAUUAAUACAACUGAUGAUACAAACUCAUCAAGUAGCCAACUAGAUGCCAGUAGUCUAGAUGGAUCAGUGGUUAUUAUCAAUGGAGUUCAAUACAAAAUUGUAAGCAUUGAAAAAAAUUAA